AACACACUUUUUCCGUCCACACCGCAAAAACGCAUUUUCCCGCCAAACCCAUAAAACGUAUAUUUCCGCCGAAACCAUAAAAAUGCACUUUUUCGCGAAAAACACAUAUUUCCUCCAAAACCGCAAAAAUAUUUUCGGCCAAAACCGUAAAAAUGCUAUUUUUCCGCCGAAACGUAAAAAAUUAUAUUUUAGUCAUUUUAUCAACAAGUCCACCUGGAUGCAUAUGGAAGUGAAAAAAAUGAAAAGCAAACGAACAUAGUUGCAUUCAGAUGAUUCAUCUGGAUGCAUGGACGAAAUGAAGAAACGAACAACACCCAGAUGGAACAUCUGGAUAAGAUAUCUAAAUGGACCAUCUGGAUGCAUCUUCCAGAUGUACAAACGAACAGGGCCUAACACUCGGUAUCUACUACUAUUGCAAUUCAAAAAAACUCUUUUUUUGCUCGUUUGCUAUAAAUUAACAAACCUCAUUUAAUGUUUACAAGACUUGCGUUCAGACGGUGCUGAUAUUUCUUAUUAUCAUAAAAAAAUCUUGUGUCGUUAUAAAUUUAUUAGUUCGUGAAAAAUACCAGAACUGGUUGUAAAUAAGACGUACUCUCUAUACAGUCUAUAUGGAUAAUGAAUUCAUAUAAGUUAUGUUAAUGACACCGUAAGGUAAUAUAAUUAAUGUCAUAUACACCUGCCGCAAAGAGUUUGGUACCACUCCUGCUUCUAGUUUAUAUGCAAACUAUAUCAACGUAUAUACGCAAUAUAUCCGAAUUUCAAAGAGACAACAACAGUAACAGGAAUAAAAACGUGAGAAGCGGAUGAGGAAAAAAAAAAACAAUAGGAGUUUUAAAAUAACAAACAAUUUUUUUUAAACAGUAAGAAAGUAUUUGUAGUUUUACUAAUCAUUUUAAUAUCUAACGUGAAAAUGACAAAAGGUCAUGGUCGGAGUAGAGAAAAAGAAUGUGGACGAAAGGAAAAAGUUUGACUUGUUUAGUCCCCAACUGUCAAUUUUCCAGCAAGACACAUCACACCUAUCUUCUUUAUCAUUUACUCACAUAUACAUACGCGCUUUACUACUAAAACAUUGAUAUAAAAUAAGAAUAUUUUUUAAGAACCUAGUAUUUAUUUCUAGAUUCUUUACUGUUGUAUAUAUAGAAGCUGCUCGAGUGGUCUUUUUUACAGUAAAGCAGUCUCCUCAAAAGAGUAAAGAAAGAGAAAAGGAGUAAAAGAGAGAAUAUGGAUCCUGAAGGUUUCACGAGUGGCUUAUUCCGAUGGAACCCAACUAGAGUAAUGGUUCAAGCACCAACUCCGAUUCCUCCACCGCAGCAGCAAUCGCCAGCAACACCGCAGACCGCAGCGUUUGGAAUGCGACUAGGUGGUUUGGAGGGUUUGUUCGGUCCUUACGGUGUACGUUUUUACACGGCGGCAAAGAUAGCUGAGUUAGGUUUUACGGCGAGCACACUGGUGGGCAUGAAGGACGAGGAGCUUGAGGAUAUGAUGAAUAGCCUCUCUCAUAUCUUUCGUUGGGAGCUUCUCGUCGGUGAACGGUACGGCAUCAAAGCUGCCGUUAGAGCUGAACGGAGACGAUUGCAAGAAGAGGAAGAGGAGGAAUCGUCUAGACGCCGUCAUUUGCUACUCUCCGCCGCAGGUGAUUCCGGCACUCAUCUUGCUCUUGAUGCUCUCUCCCAAGAAGAUGACUGGACAGGGUUGUCACAGGAGCCGGUUCAGCACCAAGAUCAGACUGAUGCGGCGGGGAUCAACGGCGGAGGAAGAGGAGGUUAUUGGGAAGCAGGGCAGACGACAAUAAAAAAGCAACAGCAGAGACGCAGAAAGAAAGCGAUUGUAACGUCAGUGGAAACUGAUGAUGACGGCAACGAAGGUGAGGAUGACGACGGGAUGGAUAUUGUUAACGGAAGUGGGUCAGGGAUGGAGAGACAAAGGGAGCACCCGUUUAUUGUAACGGAGCCAGGGGAAGUAGCACGUGGCAAAAAGAACGGUUUGGAUUAUCUUUUCCACUUGUACGAACAGUGCCGCGAGUUCCUUCUUCAGGUCCAGACCAUUGCUAAAGAUCGUGGCGAAAAAUGCCCUACCAAGGUGACGAACCAGGUGUUCAGGUACGCUAAGAAAUCGGGGGCAAAUUACAUAAAUAAGCCAAAAAUGCGACACUACGUUCAUUGUUACGCACUCCAUUGCCUCGACGAAGAAGCUUCAAACGCUCUCCGAAGAGCGUUUAAAGAACGCGGUGAGAACGUUGGGUCGUGGCGUCAGGCUUGUUACAAGCCACUUGUGGACAUUGCUUGUCGUCAUGGCUGGGAUAUAGACGCCGUUUUUAACGCUCAUCCUCGCCUUUCCAUUUGGUAUGUUCCCACUAAGCUGCGUCAGCUCUGCCAUUUGGAGCGGAACAAUGCGGUUGCUGCGGCUGCGACUUUGGUUGGUGGUAUUAGCUGCGAGGGAUCGCCUGCGUCUGGACGCUUUGGGGUUUAAUUAGUUCAUGAGUUGUUGUGGUUUACUUGUUCGUUAUCUUAAUUAAUUAUCUACUUUAUUAGAACAGAACUACAAAUAAGAAAUAACUCUAACACUUACAACUUAAUUACAAUACAAUGCCACUGAAGUAAUUAAUAAAAUUAUAUCUAAUUUU